UGAAGGGCUUGGUUUGAUUCAGCCUCCUACGUUACCGUAGACACUUCGGUAAAAACGGCCUUAUUUUAAAGUUCCUGGGGGAAGAGUAGAAGGACCCAGCCAAACCGAAGGAAAGGGGUCAGGAUUGUGCGCAGAGGAUCGAUAUUUUCUCCGUUUUCCUUUCCUGGGGGGUUUGUUGCUCAACCGAAGUCGCGGUUCGGGGACUGCUAACCCGUAUAAAUCGGAGGUGCAGCACAGAAAACCAAGGUCUCCACUGCCCGAGAACGUCAGAAAAUAAAGAAAAUGGCGGAGCCCGACAAACUAAACAUCGACUCUAUAAUUCAGCGGCUCCUGGAAGUGAAAGGUUCUCGACCAGGGAAGAACGUCCAGCUGACUGAGGGUGAGAUUCGUGGCCUGUGCCUAAAGUCCCGUGAAAUCUUCCUGAGCCAGCCAAUCCUGCUCGAGCUUGAGGCUCCCCUGAAAAUCUGUGGUGAUGUCCAUGGCCAGUACUAUGAUCUGUUGAGGCUGUUUGAAUAUGGAGGCUUCCCCCCAGAAAGCAACUACCUGUUCCUGGGUGACUACGUAGACAGAGGGAAGCAGUCACUGGAGACCAUCUGCCUGCUUCUAGCCUACAAGAUCAAAUAUCCAGAGAACUUUUUCCUGCUGCGUGGCAACCAUGAAUGCGCCUCUAUUAAUCGAAUCUAUGGCUUUUAUGACGAGUGUAAGCGACGGUAUAACAUUAAGUUGUGGAAGACAUUCACAGACUGCUUCAACUGUUUACCUGUGGCUGCCAUUGUAGAUGAGAAAAUCUUUUGCUGUCAUGGAGGCCUCUCUCCUGAUCUCCAGUCUAUGGAGCAGAUUCGCAGAGUUAUGCGGCCCACAGAUGUGCCUGACCAGGGUUUGUUGUGUGACCUGCUGUGGGCCGAUCCAGACAAAGAUGUGCUGGGCUGGGGGGAAAAUGAUCGUGGCGUGUCCUUCACAUUCGGGGCAGAUGUGGUGGCUAAAUUUUUGCACAAACACGACAUGGAUCUAAUAUGCAGGGCGCAUCAGGUGGUGGAAGACGGUUAUGAGUUUUUCGCAAAGAGGCAACUUGUCACCCUAUUCUCGGCUCCAAACUACUGCGGGGAAUUUGACAACGCCGGUGCUAUGAUGAGUGUGGAUGAGACGCUCAUGUGCUCCUUCCAGAUUCUGAAGCCAGCAGAUAAGAAAUUGUAUCCUUAUAGUGGAGGAAUGCAAUCCGGGAGACCGGUCACCCCACCGCGAAAUUCAGCCAAGUCAGCCAAGGCCAAGAAAUAACACCCGCUGGCUCCCCCCUCCUACACCCUGCCAGCUCCCCCCCCCCCCCUCUCCUGUUGACCCAAUGCUUUUUUUCCCCCUCUACCUUCCAAACUUUUUUCUCCCUUGCCACCAAAAGGCAACAAAGCAUACAAAUGUCCAGGGUUCAAUCAUGUUUUUCUCCCUAAAAUGAUUUUUAACUAUUUGUUUGGCUGUUUGUGUGCAUUUCUUGUGUGAGUGCGUCAAAGAAAACGUGAGAAUGAUGCUGAGGGUAAUGCUGUAUUCUGUUUGUAUGGUUUUUAAAAAAAAAAAUUCUUCUCCUCCCUCGCCCUCUUUUUCUGUUGUGACAUCUUGUAGAGAUGAGUUCUCCCCAUCAGUGAUGUAAUUUCUAACCUGGUUGCAGCGGAGGGGGGUGGGAGGGGGGGGGGGGGGUAAAGAGAGGAGCCUUAGCUGUUUAUGUUAAGGCCCUGCACUGUUUAAUGCAAAACACAAGCUUUUGUACAUCCUAUUUCCGAGGUCUGUGUGAUGGGUAGGGAUGGGUGGUUGGGGAUUGGGAUCACAUUGCACGCUCAAACAGUAAUGGCACAUACCACACACACACACACACACACACACACAUUGGGUGCACAGGUGGAAAUAUGUGCAGGUGAAUCCUUCAAUGAAACGGAUUCCCAAUGAUUGGGUUACUUUUUAUUUCCUCUUCUUUAUGAAAACCAAUGAUUUGACAACAAGGUCAUGGAUGUGAAAUAGUGUUUUUCUUUGUCUUUAUCUUUUUGUAGAUACAUGAAACCGACAUGGUUUGAUUUCUUUUUAGUUCACUGAAAGUUGAGAAAUAAUAAAAAAUAACUGUUUCUUUGAAUUUUGCUAUUACGCUGAUCACUUUGUGUUUGCCAUCGCAUUGUCAUGUUCACGUCAGCUAUGUGUGUCUUUGAGUUUGACGCCUUGAAUUGACAAAGCAGCAGCUUGAAGAGAUGUUUUUGUAAUGAGGCUCACAAAUGUAGAAACUCUAAAGUGUAACUUUUGGCCCAGCUUACACUUCAAAAGGCCUUUCACAUGUUGCUCAAGUGUGAUUUGGCUAAAAGCGAUUCUUUGACUGCAGCAGAAUAACUUCAGAUCUGGGUUUCUAUCCUGAUGUUGCCUGCUUACUCACAAGAACAGAUACUUGAUGAGAAAUCUCAAGUGGAAAAUGUCUCUGUUUUUUUUUUUUCAUCAUCGGAGGGUGAUUAACGGCUAGUUUAAGUACUGAUACUGAGUGGUUCUUUCUCAAUGCCUCACAACGUGAAAUAGUCCUCACAAAAUACAAAAUCACCACGUGCCGUUUAUGUUCCACAAGUAGAUGCCAAGAUGUAUCCGUACUGAACUAACACAGCUAACUUAAGACUCUACUGAAGAAGAGUUGGCUUUAUGGUUUUCCAUAUUCUGCUGUGAUCAAAUGGAGAUGAGAUGAUGAAUCAGAGCGCUGACCUUUCCAGUUUGAAAUGCGUUAGUCAAGACCACUUAAGUUGAGUCUGUCAUACAAACAAAAGAGUGGGCUUAUUGUAAUUUAAACCCACACAGAAUGAGGGAUGCAUGCAUGCAAGGUGGACCUGGGAACAUGGUGUUAAGAUAGAGCUCAGUAAAGGUGGUCCGUGAUGGGGAAUCUGAGCACAUUAUCAGCGUAUUAAUGAAAGAUAAACACAAUAUAUGUAAGAAUCAUUUCCAGCAACUUUUCAAUGACUUAAAGCUUCAAUUCCCAGCUUAACGGCUACAACUGUAUAGCAAUUACUGAAUAAGUUUGUAAGCUUUAGAGAUGUAAAAUGAGAGAACGGGAGUGUGUCAUAGACGGGGAUCAGUCCAUCUUCACACAGUAUUAGAAGUGAUCAAUGUGACAACUGUGAACCCCAUUUCAGAGCUCAAAACUAAAACUUUGCUUUGUUUGAUAGGCGUGUCAAAAAAUAGGAACUCUAGUUUAUAACCACUUAAUAUCACACGUCGACCACUUAGCAUUCCCUCCCAGCGUGCAUUAAGUUGAGUUCAGGCAUACAGGGUGUCCCAGUAACAGCAGUCUGUAGUUCAGGACUAGCUGUUGCAACUUUCUACGAUGUUUCAGGGUAUGUCAUGGCCCAUUUAUCGUCACCCUAACACACUCGGUCCCAAUGUACAUAAUGAGUGCGUCUGGCUCUAUUUGUCUGUCAUGAUUCUUCAGCCCUCUUGUCAGAGUAUGAAGCAGGGAAAUAUUGGCCCUGUCGUUAAGGCCAGCUCCCUGCUCUUAACUUUUAAGACUUCAGCGUGAGGUUUUUAACUCGGUACCUCAUAAAAAAACCAAAACAAAAACAGAUCGUUUCAGAAAGCUGUAUUCAGAAUCCUGCUCAGCUUUCUAGCAGUUUUAACUUCCAGAGGGCUGGUGAAAAGCAGAAAUAAUUUCAAGUCAUUGUGUGUUCAUUUCAAUUCAUUUCCAGUAAGAUCAACUCAGGAAGUGAAUUCAAAUUAUAUCCAAUUGUAAGAAGAAACCAUGUUUAUAUACGUCUGUUAAGAAAAACACCAGUCACCAUUUUUUACAUGAUAUAAGUCGCAGCUUUCGUUCACAUAGGUUAAAUGAAUAAGAGUUAAGCCCAGCUUUGGCAUGGAGAGGGGUUCAAUGUUUCGAGUGACCUGGUGCUUAAUAUGUCACUUUUUCAUUUGUAAAGGAUACAGGCCCACCUUUUGUGGAUUAAGUUCAUAUAUGAUGUAGAAAGAAAGUUAACAUGUACAAAAGUUUAUGUUAUUAAAGUCUAAUAGAAUAAAGAAGUGAUUACAAUGCUUAAAUACAAAUGUGUCAAGAGACCGUAUUGUCUCUCUAAUAAUACAAAACGGAUUGAGUGGCUCCUUUAAGACAUGAUAUUAUAGUACUGAAGCAACAUAGAGCUAGUAGAUCUCUGUCUUCUGAAUAAAGUCUAAUAAAGAGGACACCUUCAUUUCCAUUUUUUCAUAGCUGUACAAACCUUUGCUUAAAACAUUUUUAUUACUCUAUAUUUACUGUUAUUACCUCUAAGAAUCUGGUCUUUAUUUUUACUUUUUUUUUUGUUCAUAUAUUCUUUUUACUGACAAAUUUAACGCUAGAUACCGCAAGCUUAUUAGCGUAGGAUUUUAUAAUCAAUCAGGGAUGUUUUGCACCAUGCACUGUCUCUGGGUAGAUCUGAAAUGAUAAGAUAAUUACAGUACAGAAGAAGAAGAAACGGGAGAUAUGAACUGUAUUUUUUAUUUGUAUUUCAUUUGUUUUCAAAUCGAUCACAAAUUGUCUCUGUUAUAAGGUAGAAAUAAAACAUAGAAUUUG